UCACACUCUCCUUCCUCUUGCUUCUUAAUUUCACCAUGGCAGACCCUUGCUUCAAUCUCAUCACUGGAUCUUUCAACUUCAUGCCUCUUAAUCCUCAUUACACGGCUUUCACUUCUUACCCAAACAACCACUUGUUCAACACCAAAUCAUCCAUUCCUUUUGCCCAGCCUCAAAAAGAAGCACCUUCCCUUGUAGAAUAUUUACGCCCUAUAAGACAACAAGAAGACCACCUCGAGUCCUCGAGUAGUUCCAUGGAAGAGGACAGGAACAUGAAAAAGGAUGAUGAGAACCUCUUUUUUAGUACUGCAGAUGGUAAUGAUAAGCCAGUGUCUGUAGUUCUGCGCAUAGGCCUCCCUAACCCUAGUUCUAAUCUGCAGAGAGUACUCGGGGUUUCCCCAUCUGCAAAUGGGCCAGAUAAGGAAGAUAUUAGUGCAGUUUCAGGGUACCCCUUGGAGAAACUAAACAAGGAUCAGUAUUGGAUUCCUACACCUUCCCAGAUUCUCAUUGGUCCAAGUCAAUUUUCAUGUCCUCUUUGCUUCAAGACCUUUAACAGAUACAACAACUUGCAGAUGCACAUGUGGGGACAUGGAUCUCAGUACAGAAAAGGACCCGACUCUUUAAGAGGAACCCAACCAACAGGAAUGCUAAGACUUCGAUGUUAUUGUUAUGCACAAGGUUGCAAACACAAUAUUGAUCAUCCAAGAGCAAGACCACUCAAAGAUUUUAGGACUCUCCAAACACACUACAAAAGAAAGCAUGGAAUCAAACCCUUCAUGUGUAGAAAAUGUGGCAAGUCAUUUGCAGUGAAAGGUGACUGGAGAACACAUGAAAAGAACUGUGGGAAAAUAUGGUAUUGCAUUUGUGGGUCCGAUUUUAAGCACAAGAGGUCUCUAAAAGACCACAUUAAGGCCUUUGGCCAUGGCCAUGCAGCUUUUGGCAUUGAUUGCUUUGAAGAAGAGGAUGAACUGGCAUCUGAAAGCGAACAUGAUUGUGAAUCCUCUAUGUAAUCAAUAGGAUUUAAUUUAGGAGAAUCCUCCCAUGCACCUUUAUGACUAUAUCCUUAGCUUAAACUUUAUAUUUCUCA